AUGGCAAUAACCAACCAAGACUUUGAUUUUAUAUUGAGAGAACGCAAAGCAUUUGAUGAAACAAAAGCUGGUGUGAAAGGGCUUGUUGAUGCUGGUGUUAAGAAGGUCCCUAGCUUGUUCCAUAAUCAACAUGACAAAGUUGAGAAUGCCUCAAAUUCAUCCAACGCAUGCCAUGUUAUGCCAGUGAUAGACCUUGCAGAUAUUGAUAAAGAUCCGAGUAAGCAUCAAGAGCUUGUUGCCAUGGUAAAGGAAGCAUCUGAAACAUGGGGUUUCUUUCAAGUGGUGAAUCAUGGCAUCCCUAUGAAUGUUCUUGAGGAGAUGAAAAAUGGGGUAAAAAGGUUUCAUGAGAUGGACACUGAAGGAAAAAGAGGAUUCCAUUCACGAGAUAGAUUGAGAUUCUUUUUGUAUAAUAGCAAUUUUGAUCUCUACAGCUCAAGGCUAGAACUCAAUUGGAGGGAUACUUUUAGGUGUUGCUUGUAUCCUGAUCCCAAACCAGAAGAAGUUCCUGUUGCAUGCAGAGAUAUAUUGUUGGAAUACGGGAAACACAUAAUGAGACUUGGGAUUUUACUAUUUGAGCUGUUAUCAGAGGCUUUAGGUUUGAAUCCAAAUCAUCUAAAGGAUAUGGGUUAUGCUGAGGGGCUUAUUACUGCUGGCCAUUAUUAUCCUGCAUGUCCUGAACCACAUAUGACUAUGGGAACCACCAAGCAUGCUGACAAUUCCUUCAUCACACUGCUUCUCCAAGACAACAUUGGUGGCCUCCAAGUUCUAUAUCAAAAUAACUGGAUUGAUAUAAGGCCUGUACCUGGUACUUUGGUAGUUAAUAUCGGUGAUCUCCUUCAGCUUGUAACAAAUGAUAUAUUCAAGAGUUGUGAACACAGAGUACUUGCAAAUCGUGAUGGUCCAAGAAUAUCUGUUGCAUGCUUUUUCUACCCAGGUUUGAAGGCAUAUUCCAAGGUCUAUGGGCCGAUAAAGGAACUGUUAUCAGAAGAUAAUCCUCCCAAAUACAGGGAAACUACAUUUGCUGAGUGUGAAGCCAACUUUGUAUCUAAAGGAUUGGAUGGAACCAGUUCUCUUACUCGUUAUAGGAUUUGA